AUGGCGAUGGCCGCGCGGCCACAGACCCCCGUGCAGGAUGCAUACCCAAUCCCGCACCCAAACGAGACGGGGGCCCUGAUCCGCGGGUAUAGCACCGGCCGUUCCUCGUCGCGACCCAACUCCUUUGCCGGCAACGGCUCGGCCUUCCGCUACGGUAACCUCGACCAGUCGUCCCAACUCGCCCAUAACCCGCGCUUCAAGGAGGACUUUGACACGCCCAGUCGUCGCAGCUCGGUCUUGAUUGAUGGUCCCUCUGGAGGCGGUGCUGGAGUACAGCGCUCAGCCUCACUCAUGUCCCCGGGCCCGUCGCGCUCAGGCACACUCCAGAAGAAGGCCUCCCUGAGCAAGAAAUCCAGUUUACGACGCAAUGGGAGUCGGCGCUCCACGAGCGCGGGCAGUGUGCGAAGCCUCAGCUUGGGCGACCGAGAGAAAUAUCACUCGGACGGCGUGGAGGAUGUGAACAGCGCAUUCACGGUUCCUAUCCCGACUACUGGCAACCCGACGGAGGUGUUGGCGAACCGCUUUCAAGCAUGGCGCAAGAUUCUGAAGGAUCUGAUCAUCUUCUUCAAGGAAGUACAAAAGUCCUACGAAACCAGAUCGAAGCUCUUCCUCUCCGCCUCUCAUGUGACGAACAACCAAACUGUCCCCCCGGCGUUCCUACAAUCUGGUGGCCUUGCCGAUGCGACCGAGAUUCUCCAGCAUUUCCAGCGUCAGGGAUACACUGAGGCCAACAAGGCCGUGGAGGUGGAGAUUGAGGUAAUCAGUCAGUUGACGGGUCUCCGAAGCGAUCUCCAGAAGAAGACCAAGGAGAUCAAGAGUCUCUCGGGCGACUUCAAGACCACCGUGGAAAAGGAACUUGAUGGCACCCGCAAGGCGGUGCGCAAUCUUCAUGAGUCGCUGGGCCUGGUGGACAACGAUCCCUCUGCGACCUCCGGCAAGGGCGAUCCCUUCUUGAUGCGCCUGAAUGUCGAGCGACAGGUGGAAAAGCAGAUCGAGGAGGAAAACUAUCUUCAUCGGGCGUACUUGAAUCUGGAAAACUCCGGUCGGGAACUCGAAUCGAUCGUCGUCAGCGAGAUCCAAAAGGCCUACAAUGCCUAUGCCAGUAUCCUUAAGAGGGAAGCUGAUGAGGCUUAUGAUACGGUGGAGAAGCUGCGUGCGGGACCGAUUUCGAUGCCACAAGAUCACGAGUGGAAUGCCUUUGUCGCCGGCACUGACGAACUCGUAGACCCGCGCAUCCCGCUGCGCAAUGUGGAGAACAUCACGUACGACGGCAAGGAUCACCCGGCGGCAGCAGAGGUGCGCGCGGGGAUGCUGGAACGCAAGAGCAAGUACCUGAAGAGUUAUACUCCUGGUUGGUACGUGCUGUCGCCGACGCAUCUACACGAAUUCAAGUCGGCCGACCGUGUAGCGUGGCAGACUCCCGUCAUGUCACUUUAUCUGCCAGAGCAAAAGCUGGGCUCCCAUUCGCAGGAAGACUCUAGCUCCCACAAGUUCAUGUUGAAGGGCCGACAGACCGGUGCCAUGCACCGCGGUCACUCGUGGGUGUUCCGUGCCGAGUCCCACGAAACCAUGAUGUCCUGGUAUGAGGACAUUGAAAGUCUCAGCAACAAGACGGGCGAAGCACGCAAUGCAUUUGUGCGGCGACACGUUCGUAGUGUGAGCGGUCGCUCGGUCAGCAGCGAGGUGAUGGAGGAUGACGAGGCUGAUCGGACCCCGUACUCCGCCGAGUCCGUGGUUCUGGGCCAGGAACGGCCCACCUCAGCCACCCGCCAGCCCGGCGGGGCCUUCCCGAGUGACGUCCAGAUCGAUCGGCAUCUCCAAGCGCCGCUGUCCCCAUCCAGCGGUGACAGCUCUGCCGGCAGGGAGAUGAUCGCUGCCGCUAGCGCUCUUCCAGACGGUACUGGAGCCGCAGGUCCCUCGCGGUAUUACGGCGGUCGCGAAUCGGGCACCGCAUCUCCACAACCAACCAAUGAUGACGGCUCAAUCAAGGUGGACCACUCUCGGUCCCGGAUGAGUCGCCAUGACAGCUACUACGGAGACUGGAUGGGACCUACCGCCAUAGUAGCCCUGCAGAAGAAGAGCCAGCUGGCUGAAGCGGCAAAUGCAGAUGCUCGCGAGAUCCGUUCGGACGGAGACCACAACUCCGUGGUGGCCAUGCCUGGGGUCGUAGAGGGUGCAGACCGCCGUGAAUCUUCCGCGCCGCCGCAGGUUGCUCGUCGGGAGAGCGUGUCUACGGUGCCGACCAAUACCAACGGCACCGACUACACCAAUAACACGCUGGCCACGUCCGUCGACGAAGCGCCCGAGUUCAUGAAGAACGGCACUGCCGUGGCUAGUGGCUCCAUGCCCUCCAAGAACUACGAGGAUGGGUACGCAGUAGCCGGCGCCGCCGGCAGUGCCAAAACGGGCCCAGACUUGAGCCUGCCCAAGCAGGACAGCGUCACGGCUAUCGACAUGAAGAUCCCUGGUCGCUACCCACCCACCAACAAUGUGGCCGCAUGA